AUGGGCGUGUGCGCUUCUUAUCCCGAUCGGAAAAUCACAGACAAAACAACAAAAGACGGUAAUGCGGAAGGCGGUGUCAAUUUUCAACCGGAAUCUUUCCGACGACCGUCAUCGAUCAUGGUGAUGAACAUUUCUACAGGUGCAAUCAAGGAAUAUAAACAACCGAUUCGUGCAAACGUCGUCGUUUCGGAGAACAGUGAUAACAAGAAUUGUUACUAUCUUUCAAAUGCAGAGUCAAUGUGUAUUGGCACGUGUAUGCCACGUGUUCCUGAUGAGGAAGAGCUUUUACUUGGACGAAUCUACUUCAUUGUUCCUCUCUCGUAUUCUGAUUUUCCGUUAUCUGUGUCUUUUCUCUGUGAUCUUGCUGUUAAAGUUAGUUCUGCACUUGAUCAUUUACAUCAAUAG